CCCUCCGAGCUCCACUUGCGCACCUCGUCCUCCUCGACCCCGACCCUUCUUCGCGCUCUCGCCGCACACACACCCUCGCCUCGAGCAGACCGCCAAGAUGGGUAUCAAGGGCCUCACCAUGCUCAUCAACAACAACGCGCCCAAGGCCAUCAAGCAGGCCGAGAUGAAGACGCUCUUCGGCCGCAAGGUCGCCAUCGACGCGUCCAUGUCGAUCUACCAGUUCCUCAUCGCUGUCCGCCAGCAGGACGGCCAGCAGCUCAUGAACGAGGCGGGCGAGACGACGAGCCACCUCAUGGGCCUCUUCUACAGGACGAUCCGCAUGGUCGAGAACGACCUCAAGCCGUGCUACGUCUUCGACGGCAAGCCCCCGCAGCUCAAGUCGAACGUCCUCAAGAAGCGCUUCUCGAACCGCCAGGAGGCCAAGGAGGACGAGACAGAGGCCAAGGAGACGGGUACGGCGGAGGACGUCGACAAGCUGAGUCGUCGCCAGGUCAAGGUGACGAGGGAGCACAACGAGGAGUGCCGCCGCCUCCUCACGCUCAUGGGCAUCCCUUGGGUCGAGGCGCCUUCUGAGGCCGAGGCGCAGUGCGCCGAGCUCUGCCGUGGUGGCCUCGUGUACGGCGCCGGCUCCGAGGACAUGGACACGCUCACGUUCAACUCGCCCAUCGUGCUCCGCCACCUCACCUUCUCCGAGGCGCGCAAGAUGCCGAUCGACGUCAUCAGCCUCGACGAGGUUCUCGAGGGCCUCGAGCUCACGAUGGACAAGUUCAUCGACAUGUGCAUGCUCUGCGGGUGCGACUACCUCGAGCCGAUCAAGGGCGUCGGCCCCAAGACGGCGCUCAAGAUGGUCAAGGACUACGAGUCGAUGGACGACAUCCUCGCGCACCUGCGCAAGGGCAAGAACCCGCCGCCCGAGGACUGGCCGUACGAGGAGGCCAAGGAGCUCUUCAAGAACCCAUCGGUCAAGCCGGCGAGCGAGAUUGACCUCAAGUGGGAGGCGCCCGACGUCGAGGGCCUCGUCGACUUCCUCGUGCGCGAGAAGGGCUUCUCGGAGGAGCGCGUGCGCAAGGGUGCCGACAAGCUCAAGGCCCGCCUCUCGGCGAAGCAGCAAGGGCGUCUCGACGGCUUCUUUACGGUCGCGCCCAAGGACGGUGCCGGCACCAAGCGCAAGGCCGACGACAAGAAGGACUCGAAGGGCAAGAAGGCCAAGACGGACGCCAAGGGCAAGGGCGCCAAGGCGACCAAGAAGAAGUAGCUCGACGGGUCACCGUCGAGCUGUCGAGCUGUCCGUGUUUGAGGAGGACGAGGAGAAAGGACGAGGAGACGCUCCCCCGUUGUACCCCCCUGCUUUGCCUGCGCCGCACCGUUCCCGCCCGCUUUCACCCGAUACCUGUUUGUCCUCUGUACUCGUCUGCAACGAUGCUGCGAUACCCU